CAUUCGCUCUCUCCGCGUUCUCGAGCCUCUGUUUCGUCUCGUCUCUCUCUCUCUCUCACAGUCACAGAGUCUCUCUCGGCCCCUCCUCUCCCAAACCUCACCGCCAGCCGCUCCCGGCGGUUGUUUCGGUUCUAGUUCCGACAGGGUCGUCGUCGGUGUCGACGAGGCGCGCCGAUCGAGUUGUGAUCCCGCGGGAAGGUCCGGCGGAUCGGCUACCCCACGCCAGCGCAGCACGGUCGCGGGGGAGGCGCAAGGAUGGCUGCCCGCGGCCUCCUCCUCCACAGCCGCAGCUACUCCGCCUCCGCCUUCGCCGCCGCCGAGGACAUGGUCAUCUCCUCCCUCCGCCUCCUCCCUUCCACUCCCCUAGCCAACCCACCUCCACUCCCCACUCGUACCCAAUGUAUCGACCUCCCUCUAGACCCCCGUCCACCACCUCCGCCGCCGCCUACCGCCCUGCUCCUCUCCGCCGCGGACCGCCUCCGCGGGGUCUUCCUCCGCAAGCCCCUGGGUCGCGCCUCGCUCCACCGGGCGCUCUCCUCCACGGGCCUCGAUGCCACCACCGCGCUCUCGCCGGAGGUUCUCGCCGAUGUCGUCAACGCCGGCGAUCUCGGUGGCGCUGCCACCGUCGCCUUCUUCGACUGGGCGGUUACCAACUCCAAUCCGCGCCCAUCCGUCCGCACCUGCAACAUCGUCAUCAGGGCAUUAGGGAGGAAGAAAUUCUUCGGUUUCAUUGACGAUGCCCUGCAGAUUAUGCGCAGAAAUAGCGUCUUCCCAGACCUGACCACACUGGAGAUCAUUUUGGAUAGCCUAAUUGCCGCCAGGCAUGUCAGCAGGGCUGUUGAAGUGCUCAGAACUGACCAAUUUGGAUUUGGAAUUGGGAAAGCUUGCUGCAGAAAGGAAGCCCUUACUAUCCUCAUCUGGUGCCUUUGCCGGAGGUCACAUGUAGGCCUUGCCAGUUCGCUCUUGCAAACUGCUCGAAAGGAGUUCCUUGGUCUCGAUAACCAUGUGUACAAUGAUGUGAUGGGUGGCUUUGCGAGGAUCGGGAGUGUUGAUAAGAUGCAGGAGAUCUGGACAAAGAUGCAGGAGGAUGGUCUGGUGCCAGAUGCGGUCUCACACUGCCAUCUGAUUGAGGCCUUGGGUAGAGCAGGGCGGACUGAGGAUGCACUCAGGGUGUUUGAGAAUAUGAUACAUGAGAGAUAUGGUCCAACUACAAUGGCCUACAAUGCACUUAUUUUCAAUUUUAUCUCCAUUGGGGAUUUGGACAUGUGCAUCAAGUACUACAAGGAUAUGUUGGACAAGAAUUGUCUGCCAAACAUCGACACAUACAUCAAGAUGAUUACAGCCUUUCUGAAAGAGCGAAGGGUGGCUGAUGCGCUCCAAAUGUAUGAGGAAAUGUUGGCUCGAGGAGUUCUGCCAAAUACCGGGGUGAUAACAAAAUUUAUCGAGCCAUUGUGUAGAUUUGGACCGCCUCAUGCUGCUUUGAUGAUUUACAAAAAGAGUAGGAAUGCUGGUUGUGUAAUAUCCUUGAAAGCUUACAAGCUUUUGCUCGAAAGGCUUGCUAAAUUUGGGAAGAGUGGAAUUGUUUUGAACAUAUGGGAAGAGAUGCAAGAGUGUGGAUAUCAACCUGAUAAAGAGAUUUAUGAGUUUAUUGUAAAUGGGCUUUGUAAUGUUGGCAAGGUUGAUGCAGCUGUGUCUGUGGUGGAGGAAUCACUUCGGAAUGGAUUCUGUCUUGGGAGAAUUGUUUACAGCAAACUGAACAACAAGCUGUUAGAAAUGGACAAAGUUGAGACAGCAUAUAAUCUGUUCAAGAAAGUCAAAGAUGCACGAGCACUUACUAACUCACGCAAUUAUUGUCGUGCUAAUGGUUGGCAUUCCUGAAUCCUGACUCUUGAGCAUAAUCAGUUUGUGUUUGAAUGGUAUAUCCGCUAUUCCGCUCGCUGAUGACUGGUGAGAGGCAGAGAGCAGUUUCAUAUGCCUGGGCAAGAAGAAGGCUGCAACGUCCAGGUUCUUCACUCGGCCGCAGGGUGAGGAGGAGGCCCCGACGCUCGGGUACGACAGCAAGCGGGUCGGUGGCAACGGCAACAUCAGGUCUGGGGAAGGAAGCUUGUUCCAUGCUGGAGUUCGCCUUCCUCGUCGCACACCUCGCGGCCGCGGGGUCAUCGCCACAAAGAGGAAGAAAGCAGCAGAACCCGCGUUGUUGAUCCAUCUGGUCGCACGGAGGUUCGAUCUGUGGUGCUCACUCCCUAAGUUCGCCUCCUCAAUUGGCAUCCGUGUCUGUGGCUCGAUCUGGGGCAUCUGCCCCUACUUAGCAGUUGUGCGAUUGAGAGGAGCAGAGUUGCUGGCCACUGCUUAGAUUAGAUUGUCCACGAGGGAGAUGGAUUCGGAGGAGCCGGUGCCGUGUUUGUGGCUCGGGUAGGCGCAGAUGAGGAUAGAAGAACAGGGAGGAGGUGUGCUGGUGAUUAUAUUGUUUUGGGUCGUUACUUUCCCAUUUGGAGGACGAAGAGGAAAGAAACCAACUAUUGGGAUUGCUUGUUUGGUGGAGGAGAGGGAGAAGAGAAGCCUGAAGGAGGAAAGCUGCUGCUGCUGUGUGUGCUUUACAAGGGCUGGCUUGCUAGAGAAUAAAAGGCUUGGAGCAUUUAUAGUGCCUUAUUCAGAGCAUGUCACAGGUGCUAGCAUAUUCGUCAGAGAUUGUAUUGUUUUAUAAGUAAGUUCCAUUCUGUAGCUGAAGUAAGAAAUUGGCAUCAUUCAUUGUUUUCUUUUUAACCCAAUUCAUGGUUGUGAGUCUGGGCAAUCUAUGGUUGUUUUUCAUCAGAUGUUUCUAUUAACUGAAAAUUUAUAGUAGUUGCUUCAAAUUCAGAGUUUGUUUUUGUCAAUCAAUUCACGGUUGUGAGUCUGGGCAAUAAUUAAAUUCUUUUUUCUUGGAAGCAUACUACAUUCCUUCUAGUAUGCUUCAUAGGCCUUGUCAUGGCUAUUUUGUGAUCAUCAUCGACCUGUUGAUGAACCAAUUUUAUGAAUUAUCAUUGUGUAGUGCACUGUUUCGCUCUAUAUACAUGUCAUAUGCUUUUAGGUAUUGCUAUGUUCUUGCUGAGGGGGUUGUAUAUCUCACUGGAACUGUGAUGAUUCUAAAAUUGCUAUGUACUUUUCUUUUUUUUUCGAUAUGAGACGUACCCCCAUGCCCAUUCCAAAUGAAACAGAAAUACCAGUGUGCAUACAAGAGAGCGAAGGGGUAGAGAGGGGGGGGGGGGGGAGGGAGGUAGAGGAGGUAUUGUCCAGCCUGAUUCAGACUAGUCGAGAUAGAUGCUAUGUACUUCUCAUGAUCAGAUGUAAAUAUCAGUAUUUAGAAAUAACUAAAUUUUAUUGAUAUCUCAACCUAUCUAUUCACUUUUUUCUUCUUUUUUACAUUUGAUCGAGAGGUUCUAUCAUGCACUACAAAUGAAACCAAGCUAUGGAAUGCAGGUAACAACUAUUCUAUCACUUGUCAUCGAGCUCAGCUGGUCGUGCAGUAGUUCUUUUGUUCUUUUUCAAAGGGACGUGCUCUUCUGCAUAAGGUAUCUCCAACUCCAAUAUUGCAUCUAUUGACAUCUGGGUUGCUCUGUUUUCUGUGUAUAUUCGCCGUUUGUCAAGGAUGCAUGGUAGAACGUGAAAAGAAUUCACAUAUAAGAUACACAUGAAAAUUGCUUGCCAGAAUUUGGCUCAUUAAAUCCUUAAGGUGUGGUCGUUUUGCUUGGUGUUCGGAACUUCAGUUUACUCUUCAAUUCAUCAGAUUGUGAAUAAAGAGUAUUAGUUUGGUAAUUGGUAUUUUUUUUUCUAGAUCAAUGUUCCAAGCUGACUCUGCUGGUAUUUCUGGCAAUGGAGAGAAAAUAGCUUCUACUUUGCUUUGUUUUAGUAAAUUGCUAGCCUAAUUCCGUACAUUGAAUAACCAGAUUGUGGUUCUUGUGCAUUUGUUUCUCUAGAUCAGUAUUCCAAGUUAAGUCUAAUGGUAUUUUACUGUAACUAAGUUGUGAUCCCUAUUUGUCUGUUUGUUUCAGUUCAGAAUCAAUGUAGUUGAUUACCUUCAGUAUAUCAAUCUGCAAACUAAAUCAGAUGUGGUUCUUGGAAAUCUGAUAACAGCUAAUAUAAGCAUUCCAUGUACAUUAAUGAUUCACAUAUGAUCUGCAUGCAACUUUGUGAUCCUGUAUGGAUUGGUAGAUGACUCAUUAAUAUAUUAAGCCCUGCAUUUAAAAUCAAUAAUUCAAACGGUUGUUCCAGUGCAGUAGGACUGGGACCAAAAACCUCCCAUAUGCACCAACGUAAAUCAAUUGAAGAAAUGACAAGUUUUUCCCAUGGUGUGGUGGCUAUGAUCCCUUGAACCGUUUUUCUUCAUGUGUGCAACAGGGCAACAAAUGGAAAGAGUGCAUGAAGAAGUCUUACUCUUCCUUCGAACUCCGGCAUCUGUUGAAGCACCUCAUCUAACAUUUGGAAUUUCAAUUCAUUCAACUGAUCCUUGUACAUCUUUUACUCCCUCAUCAAUGAUAUAUGCUCCUUCAGUUUUACACAACCAUGCCACUUGUUUUCAGACAUUUUCUGCAGUAGUCUGUGGUAUGCCCUUCAGAUUUAGAUCUAUAGCAUCAAAUGACCACAUCAAAUAGUUAUACAGAUACCCACUUGAGCCGUUUAAGGAACCAGAUACCCACUUCGAGAGUUUAUGGACAUAGGUGAGAAUCCGAAAAAGGUUUAUGGGCCCCUGGUGUAUUUUCUCAAUAGAACAUAUGUGCUGAUAUUACUUGAGAACUUCGCAGGCAUGAAGGCCAACACACCUACACCAUUAUAUAGUUUUUGAACCAAAAUGGCCAUUUGAUAAUGCUGUUGAAUUAUUGUGUCUAACCCACUCAUCCCCCUAAAACCUGGAGAAUAACAGGCUAGAAAAAAAGUCACUUACACCAUAUUUCUUUAAAUUUAUUUUAUUUUGUUCAAAAAUUGUGUGCCGUAGCAUCGCACGGGCCUUUACCUAGCUUUACAUCUAAGCAAAUAGUCACAUAUCUGUUAUCCGGCCUAUCUCGACAUGGAAAAUAUACAUGAGAUCUGCAAAAUUCAAUGCUAAUGCUAGCUGCAUCGUUUUUUAUUUUAUUUAACAUGACCUCUAUCUAAUGGUUUUUCUUUUAGUUACUGCAGGUUCAACAGCACAUUAGUAAUUUAGUCUCUAAGUAUUUUCUCUUCUCAUCAAACCUUUUCUUUUUUGAUAUGGAGGAUAUAUUUCUGCUAUUUUGGUGCGCUUACUUCUCAAGAACAUUUGGGUUAAAUAUUUCAUGAACUCUAGUCUCUAUACAUUGUGUAGUGCGAACUGACAGACUAGCUGAAAUGAUGUAUGCUAGUGUUAUGGGCAGUCGGCUGGGGACUGACUGGGCUGGGUUAGGGUUAGAGAUAAGUUUAGAUCUCUUGCUUAGGGAUCAAGUAAGCCUCUCUAUAUAAGGAGGGGAUGUACCAAUGAAAGGCAAGCAAUGAAGAGAAAUCAAUCUAGUCCCAAUCCCCAAUCCAAGUCUACUCCCAGUCUAAGCAGUGUUGCUGCCCGAGUAUCCUCUUUAAUGAUGUUUACCUCCUUGAUGAACUACGGUUCGUAACAUCUAAAUUGUUAGAUUUACUUUGCUUUACUAGCCUGCAUUUAGACUUUGAUUUCGUAAAAUUUAGUGAUAUUCCCAGGCAUCUGAUAGUUUCCUUGCAUAGUCCAUUAUGUUCCAUUUACAAUUACUGAUAAGUGGAAGUCCUUGGCUAGAAUAUUUUACGCAUCUUGUUGGGCAGGCUAAGAGCUGGUUUUAUUUUGCAUUAGAGAUCAUGGUGUGCCUUAGUACAGAGAAAAAUUAAGUAAAGACUGAAGUGCCAUGUUACAGGAUUGUGACACCAAGAUUAUUUUCCUUCUUCAAGUAAAGAUUUUAGUGUUCUGUAAGGAAGAUCUGAUCAUAUUGCAUCUUCACCUGUAACUGUAAAUAUAAGUAUAGGCUCAAUGAAUUAAUGUAUGUUAUUGUCUUCUACAGAAAAAUAGAAAUAGAAGCUCUCUGUCAUAUUGCUGUGGAGCAAUGACAUGCUUGCAUUAUGAUCGUUGAUCCAUCAGUCAGCAAUCCUGUCAUGUAUGCUGCUAGUGUUCCCCAUAAAGUCUCUAUUUUUUUACGUUGCUUGAAAUGUUGAUUUCUUGAUCAAACGCAUCAGGACCAUGCAUUUGUUUAAAAGAUGCUACUAUAAUAUAUUAACGUUGUAGAGAUGCUACAAAUGCAUCUUGCUUAUUGGCAUUUUCCACCAGGGCCAAGCAGUUUGUAACGUCCCCUGUCAGCUUUUGGUCCUUCAGUACCAAUUUAGCUAGGGAUGCCAUUUAACAAUCUACAUUGGCCUUGGCCUUGUUUGGUUUCCUAGAAUUUCAGGAAUAGUAACACUUUGACCGCUAGUUACUGUAUUAAAUAAAAUAAAUGUAGUUUACAAAACCAACUUCAGAACGAAUCUAAUGAGGCAUUUGACCGUGUGAUUAGAGGAUAGUUAAUGUAGCAUCGCUGUAGUUAAUCAUGAAUUAAUUAUCGUCAUUAGUUUCGUCGUGAAAAGUUGUACCAAUCCCUGGAUGGGUUUUGCAAAUAAACUUCAUUUAGCCCUUCAUAUGGAUCAUAGAAGACGGCACUGUUCCUGGAAUUCCAGGAAACCAAACAGCGCCAUUGUAUAUCUCUACAUAACGAAAUCUGCUCCAUAGGAUCUGGCGUCUUAUUUGGCCACGUCGCUGGCCGUUCUCUUCCGUUGGAUGUUGAUCGGACCAUCCACAGUUGCAGUCAAAUUACCUAGCGUUUCUAGACACUUCGUCCCGACUCCUGAGUGUCCGCCGCUGCCGCCGUUGUCCACCUACCCCCUCGCCGGCGCACAAGGAGCUGUCCCAAUCCUCCUCACAAGGGCCAUGGACCCAAUCUCGUCUCGCUUUCAUCACUCUCUCCAGCUAGUGCCAUCCGCACUGGAAUCUUUUUCUCCCAUCUAGCUGACGCUCCUUCCCACUCAUCCACAAGCACCUUCCAUUCCCCCAGCAGUUGCCGGUCGAUAUUCUCCUGCCAGCUGCAAGGUCCGUCGUCCUCCACACCUGGCUGGUGAUUCGUGAAGGAGCCGUGGUGUCUGCGCCAGCGCAGCUCAAGGCUCUCGCGUCGAAGAAGGUGAGCCGCACCAGCCUGCACUGCAAAUAGCGGCCCUUGGGGCCUCUGUCACCACAGAGCACGACUGGUAGUGCCCCUACAGCCAGAGCGGUGGUCAACAUGUACGACGCCCAACAACUGCUUGAGGAAAUGCCCCAAAGGCUCUAAGGUAAAGGUGCUCACUGAAAGUUGGUGUUUGGAGGAGUUGUAGCCCAGUAGGACCUGCCAAACAUAAAAAUACGACUUCGAUUCAAGAAGGGAUCACAUAAGUUUGUUGUGAAAAUUAUGGUUCACUUUGACCCAUCUUUUCUAUCUAAAAUUACAUAUAUAAUUUUCAAUUUAUCCCUAAUGCUUCAUAAUUUAUCCCAAGCUACUGUAAAAUUCUUUUAUAUGUUCAAUACAAAACUGCUGGCUAUUCCUGCAUGUUCAGUCCUCGUGCUAACUCUUGUUCUCAAGUUUAAUUUAUGCUAUCUUUGCAUUUUAAUUCUGUACAAACUACAUAUAUUUCGUAUGCAUUCUUGAUUGCCUUUUUGGCAGGUUGUCUCGGGUGUGAUGAGGAUUUUAAAUCAAAUUAGCUCUCCACUUGUCAGUAUCUAGCAAACUUUCUCAUGUGCAUAAGCAGAUGCUAGGUUAAAAUUUCAUGUGUAAGAGCCAAUUUUGUACUUGAAAGUGAGUUCCUUAUACUGAUGUUUUUUGCCCAUGGCUAGAAGUGCCUUGAUUGGUUCAAAGCAACUGGUUAGUCAGUGCCAUAUAUCAGCUUGAUUGCCGAUCCGCUUGGCUGCAGCAUCUAAUGUGGCACCCAUUUGGUUGUGUCGUCAUGAAAUUAUCUGCAGGCUUUUGAACAGGCUGUGGCCCAUGCAUAGAUUGUUGUUCCCUUUCUUUGUCUGUGAGUUAAGGGAUUGUAGUUGACAAGUGGUUUGCAGUUUCCACAAAUCAUGAGCUCAACCACUUCACGAUGAAUUAUUAGCUUUUUAUCAACCAAUUGUGCACCAUGGAGAAUACCAAAUCGGUUAGUGCACUGCUUUCUUAGGAUUUGACUAACACAUGUUGAGUAUUUACAAGCAGCCAAAUAUUGCCAAAGCCACCAAGGUCAAGCUUGAGUUCUUGCCACAUCAAAUUGGAGGUAUUGGGCUUACUGUCAUAUAGCAUUGCCAAACUUGAACUUGGGAAAUCAGCCUUUUCUGGUCGGAGUAGCCUUUUGAAUAUUGCAUAUAUUAUUUCUAUGCAUAAGGUAUUAAUUGUCAACCUUAGUUUUUGGCACAGGAAAUGAUCAUUAUCAGCUUGAGAACCUCAAUGCCCACAAUGAAGGUUUUGGUUCUUGACUCCAGAUGACCUAAUUUGAACUCAGUUGUCGGCUUCCCUGCUCGCAAAAGCUGUGUAUAAUUAUGAGUCAUUAUCUUUGCUUGCUUUUAGACUUUAAACAUAAUCUAGCUAAAUUGUUUACAACUUGUUUCUUCUUUCCUUAUACAGCCUCACCAUGGAAGAAUAUGGAAAACAGUCGAGAACUAGAACAGCAAGUGGCAUGAUGUUGACUUCGCCAAUAAAACUUCAAUGAAACAAUAUAGCUUCUUGAGAUGCUCAAUUGAAAUUCCAAAGUGUGUAUCAGAGUACUUUUGCAGGAAAUAGACAUACUCGUGACUUCUGGAUGGUUGAUCCCCUAUAACAGCUUCUUAUGUAAAUGCUGCUUGAGGAUUUCAUGCCCUUCCAUAAGAUUGUCAUGGCAUUUGCUCAAAGCUAAAAUUUUAUACGCGUUACAUUUCUAUAUAUUAAUUGUGCACCGCUCGGUGCACUCCUAGACUAUCCACGUUAGCAAAAUUAAUAUGCACCGUCCGAUUCCUAUCGUCCGGCGUCCAUUCUGUCGAUGCCUCCCCUCCGCCAAUAUGCGCUGCUCUCGGACGGAAGCUUCUCGACUUCAGCUGUCCGCCCGCGAAUCCUCCACGUCGAUGCUCUCCGAACCUUAUUCUUCCUCUUCCUCCCUCUGCCCUCUCCCACUCGCUCCCUCUCUUCCUGCGCUCGUCGUCGGUGCUGCCUGCACGCGAUGGCUGGCACUGUGCCGCCGGAGGCGGCUGCCUGCGGACCUGCGCGGUGCCGCCGUUCGCGAGGCCCAGCGAUCCGCCGCUGCCGCUGGGCGCAGGCCUCCCAAACCCUAAUCUCUUUUGUUUUCGCCCCUGGACCUUCGUUGCCGCCGCCACUGCCUCCUUCCCCGACGCCGGCCGCUGUCGAAAUUCGUCGUCUCCCGUGAGCCUCCCUUCGAUUCAUCACGGCUACACCUUCACCUUUCCCUCCGCGGCCUAUUUGAGCCCUCACCCGCUCGAUUUCUCAGCCGCACAGCGCUCCCGGCGACCACCUCCGCCCGCCGCUGCCAUCCUCCGAGGAUCUCCUUGGACUCAGCGCCAACGGCGGGUCGGCGGCGAUGGGCAAAGCGGUCCAACACGCCCACGGCCGGGCCUUUCCCCAUGAGCGGCUUCUUUUUCAAGGCUUCGCCCCAAGAGCCGCAGACGCUGACCUCUCCUCACCGUCGGCCUCCAGCAUCGCCGUUUGUCUUCUCGGCAUCACGGCCGCCGCGGCUGGCGGGAGCAAGAAGCGGCAGCGGCCAAACCUCCACGUCAAGACGGCCUCGCGCUGCAUGAACCCCCGGCAAUGGGAAGAAGAGACGCCGCCGCCGCCGCAGAAGCUCGCCAAGACGAACUCACCUGACAACAACGAGUCCUCCCGUUCGGGCAACAUGUCCAGAUGGUGCUGUUUGUUCAUCACUUUGCUGGCCACGACGGCCAACUGACCAAACAGUUAAGGCCGUGCAUCUUCACUUUCUAUUUUUUUUUGCCUCCGUGCGUCUGUGAUUCCAAUGGUUGCAUUGCUGCAAUUCCAUCCCCUGCUGCCUACAAGUGCUUCGUCCAUGGAGGAUUUACACAAUGUGUUCCAUGGCUUGCUUGUGCAACCUGUGCUUCGGCCAUAGAGGAUGCACGCUAUGUGUUUGAUGGUUUGCCUCUGCAACACUGACCAAUUAACCAUGCGAAAUUAAGCUAACAAGGAGUCCUAUUUGAUGGGGGGGAGGACACAUCCAGGCUAUUUGCCUUCUCUAAGUUAAUGUUUCUUGCUCGAAUAUGAAUUUUAUUUUUGAAGCAAUAAUUUAAACAAGUUAAAAGUACCUUUGAUAUGAUGCUCCUUUGUUGGUCUCACAUAUAAAAAAAAGUUCAGUGAAAAAGCACAUAUUUGACUGAUUGGUCUCGCAUAAAAAAAAGUAAAAAUUUUGUUAGAAUGCUAAAUCACAGUUAAUAUUUUUCUCAUGUUUAGAACUAACCUUACGACUGAUUGGGAUAUGGACAUAUGCAGAUUGGUAUUUGCAUUUUGCAGCUUCAGGUAUCUGUAAAACAAUUGGUUCCAUGGAACCAUGCAAUACUCACCACAAAAAAGGGAUGUAUAUUUCAACAGAAGUUUUUUUUUGAGCAACCAACAGAAGUAUUUCAUAUUGCUCUUCUUUUUGUUGAAAAUGCAUAAUUAUGGCAGCAGAUAAAGGAAAAAGGGAGGUAGUUGAUAAGCUCUCUUAGUUUGUGGUGGACUUAUGCCUGCUGUUCAAAAAUCCUUAUUUAUGUCAACCUAUGUUAACUGUCGGCUCUGAUUUUAACUUUCUUAUUUCGAUUACGGUGUCUACAAGAUCCAGCGCUAUAGUUCCAGGUAAGCAAGAAAAACCUCCUAUUCCAAAGUUGUAAAUACAGUUAAGAACUAUAAUUUUUUUUGCUUAUAUUUGACAGUGAAAACAUUUUUCAUUAUCUUUAGCUUGAAAUACAUGGAUAGUGAAGGGUUAUCAGCCAAUUGAAUUGCAACCUCUCCACACAGUGGAUUUAUAUAGUAUGAAGGGAUUGUGUAAUGUAUCUAUAUGUUUUUUCAGUUUUUUUGCCGUGUGAUAAAUAACAGCUUUGAUGCCAGUCACAAUAGCAAUUGCAUAAAGUUUAUUCUAACUUUAGUAGAUAGGAAGCUAAAUUUAUUUGAACUUGAGUGCUUAGUAUUGCUUUGAAUAUUGAAUGAACAACGCAGGUGAGUGCAAACAAAUCAGAUGUGUUAUUUUGGUCACCUUGAAACUGCAGGUGGUAUGCACAUGGAUAGAUAUCAUUGACAUAGGCUCAGAGGAUGCUCUCUGACGGCUGUAUGUACCUUUUGCAAAUUAUCUGUCUAAUUUUAGACAAGAAAAAGGCAAAGCCUAUUUCUAAUUACAGAUUCUCACUGGCUUAUAUUGUUGACACAAAGUUCAUACACUAAUUAGUCCAUGGGAUCGCAAUGGCAUGGUUAACUAUGAUAUUGAUUCUUGUGGAGCGAACACGAGGCGGCGUAUGGGAAGGUGAAGCUGAUGGAGGGAGGGCGGUGUGGUGGAAGGAUCUCUCAUCUAUAGUCUCUCAUCGGCGGAGGCGUUCGUGGGGGGCGGCGCCAAGAAAUCCAGGACAUCUGCAUCAUCUACCUUGAGGCCUUCUCCUGCAGCGACCCCUCUGCGGUGACCAUCUGCAAACACGAGGUCCACCUCCAGGGCAUCCUUCAGUGAGAAGAAGAAAAAAUCUCAUUCGCUUCUAAACUGAUUUGAUCACGGUGUCUGCAAGAACCAGUGCUGUAGUUCCAGAUGAGGAUGACCCCAAUGACGCUUACUACUAUGCAGUCCCUGCAGCAAAACGGCAAGACCCCCAAAACAUUCUCGUGCGAAGCAAGUAGACAAAAUACUAUCAUUUCCAAGACUCCAACUCAUGUCCUCUUCCUGUGUAUAUACUUAUGUAUGUCUAUAAAACUAUCAGCUUGUAUAUAACUAGAUAUCUAUUUUGCAUAUCAACAAUUUAUAAUACCCUAUCGUUAUCCAAUUACCUACACAAAA